CAAAAUGGCGGCUCUCUUUGUUGGUAAAUGGCUGAAUGCAAACCUUGCUUACUUGAGAAAGAAUAUGAUGCAAAUGCUCAACCGAAUUCUGAGAUGGCUGAUGCAACCAAAAAGUGUGGAGAAUCGUAUGUUUUGCUUCGUCUGUUGUUGGACUGCUCUGUUACGCACUCAGCUCCUCUUUCAACCAUUUAUUGGGAAAGUACUGGACCUGGUGGAAGGUUCUGCUUUACACUGUUUUCAGUUUCUUUAUCUGGUUUACCUUCUUCAAGACAGCCCUCCACCUCUCUCAGGCUGGAGAAUCAUUUGGCAAUUUUGGUUUUCAUGGCCACUUCUAUUUACUCUUUUUUCUUUGAUAAAGCUGCAAAUGGCAAACCAGAUGCAUAUAGCCUGAUCUCAUAUGCCUCUUUUGUUGCUAUCAUGUCUCUUGGCUUGUCAAGAUUGACUCAAUUUGGAUUCGAGAUUGAUCUCCUACAUUUCUUCUGUGGAGGUCUAAUCAUAUAAUUCUUGGAGA